GUUUGGUCAGGCGGUCUGUUAUUAGUGUUGGCUAAAAACAGCUGAAAGCUGCCGUCAUCUGUGGUUUCUCAACGUUCAAUUAGCGUGUAGAUUGACUGAAAAUGUUGGGACUGCAACGUUUUGCCGGCAGUUUUGCCGCCCAGUUGUACCGCCGUGCCGCCUACAGCAGCAAUGUGCGGGCGGCAGGCGUUCCACUGAACCCCACUGGAGGACAAUCCGAUGCAGUGGAGCCGGAGACACGCACGCCGGCUGCAGAGGCGCAGGCUAGGAAGCCCAGGGGCCAAAUGGUAGCCGCCGCUUUCGAGUCCCUGAAAAACGACAAUCCCAAUGAUGAUGGCAAGAACCUGGCCUCCAGCAAGAUAGAUGAGCGCAUCAUCAAUGCCAAGACAGUCAAUGGACUGCUGGGCAUCACAGAGAACAACAACGCCUUCUCGAGGAAGCAUGCCCUCAGAAUAGUCUCCAUCCUGGCCGAGUGGAGCACCAUGGAUCGGGUGAAGAUCUCAGAGUUCGAGAACGACACCAGGUUCCUGCGCAUCUGCCGGAUGUUGGGCAGGACGGUGCCGAAAAGUAAUGGCGUUGUUAACGGCAAGGUUAUAGGCGAGAGCAAUGGCACCAGCAAGCGGAUUUCCGGCUUCCGGACGGAUGAUCUAAACACGGUGCUGGGUGUAGCUGGUGACGAUGAAGCGGCCAAGCUGAUAGCCAGCAUCAGUCUGCCCCAGAUGGUCAAGGUGAUGAGCACGCUGGCCCAGCGAAAGAGGCGUAGUACUCCCCUCCUGCGCUCCCUGGCCUUCAACAUUAGCAGCGCCUCGGAGGCACUGGAUCUGAAACAGUCGGCUGAUGUGUUGUACGCCAUGUCCACGCUGAAUUUCCAGGACUCUGUGCUGGGCGCUAAGGUGUGUGCGGAUGUGCAAACGGCGCUGCCCAAGAAUGUGGAAAAAUCCGCCGUAGUGGGAUCCAUCAUCACCAGUCUGGGCAUUUUGCGCUACCGUGAUCUGGAUAUUUUGGAAUCGCUGACGCAGUGGCUCUUAAAAAACAGUGAAAUCUGCAGACCUCAAGAUCUCAGCGCCUAUUUCCUCACCUCGGCCCUGCUCAACUUCAAGAGCGCCCAGCUGGAAGAAGUGGGCAGCAAGCUGAUGAAAUCCAUUGUCCGCGAGGAUUUUACGAAGCAAUCCGAGUGGCUGAGCUUUGUGUGGUCACUCACAAUGCUGGGUCUGGUAGAACACAGCCACUUGGCUUCUGUUUUAAGUGCGGACUUCUUAGAGACAUUGCAAAAGGACAAGGCUGGGGUCACAGCAACUUCCAAAAUGAGGCUACUCAACCUGAACAGCUAUGCCCAAUUAUUAGCCACAAAUUACAAGGGUCCACUGCUGGCCGUCGACAGUCCUGUCUACCAGGUGCCCAUGGCGCACCCUAAAGGAAAACAAGUGCUUGUAAAUGGCAUGCUGGAUGCACUCAAAAGCCUGCUGCCGGCCAGCAAUCAUUUCCAGAGCGCGGUGGACAGUAAAAUGGGCUUUCUGAUAGAUGCUUUGUGCCACUUUGAUGCUAACAAAAACCCCCUGCCUUUGGAUAAGGAAAGCCCCAACGCUAUUAGGGUGGCUCUAAUGGUAAUCGAUUUCCAUGACAUUUGCCACGGAACGCAUCGUUGCGGCAAUGGCGUCACGAAUCUGACAUUUGACCUGCUGGAAAAGAGUGGUUACCAUGUUAUUCCUGUGCCCUACAACGAGUUCAGCACCAGUGACAAACUACUGAAGCGCGUUCAGUAUUUGGAGUCGAAGUUCAAGGCGAUUGCAAGUAGCAAAUAA